CAACCCCUAAGAUCACAUCGUACGGUAAUGAUCAUUCGCAUUCAUUAACUCCCGUGUACGCGAAUUUUGGGGGAACUCUUUUAAAGAGAAUCAGAAACCCUUUUUCGUUCACUUCAUUGCUACUAGAAAGUUUUCACAGUCUCUUCCUAUCAAAAUCAAACCCAAAAUAUAUGAUUUUUCUUCUUAUUUCCUUCAAAGUUUCAGUUAGUCAGAUUCUUUCAACUAUCAAAUUAAGUCAUGCCCACCAACGAAAACUUCUCAGGUGUUUCGAAUUGCUAUGUUUUCAAGAGCCAAUUGCAGGAGUAUGCACAAAAGGUGGGUCUUCCAACACCUGUAUACGAGACUUUCAAGGAAGGACCGUCCCAUAAACCUUCUUUCCGAUCAACUGUAACUGUAAACAAUGUUAAAUACGAUUCGAUACCCGGGUUUUUUAAUCGCAAGGCUGCAGAGCAAUCGGCAGCUGAAGUGGCUCUCUUGGAGUUGUUCAAAGCCGGUGAAGCUAAUGAAAGCAUCUCUCAACCUGUUCACGAGACAGGCUUGUGCAAAAAUCUACUACAGGAGUAUGCGCAGAAGAUGAAUUAUGCUAUUCCGGUUUAUCAGAUUCAGAAGGAUGAAGCAACGGGUCGAUUGCCUCACUACUCAUGUACAGUUGAGAUAGGAGGCAUUCGGUAUAUUGGAGCUUCAGCGAAAACGAAAAAAGAAGCAGAGAUCAAAGCUGCUAGAGUUGCUCUACUGGCUAUUCAGUUGAGUACAUCUCAAUUAACUGAUAGGGCACUUGGCAACUCUCAGUUAACGGUUAUUCCUUGUAGAAAGAGGGCAAUUGAGACAGCUAGCAAUCCUGAUGAGACGACUGUGAAGGCUCCUAAGCCAAAGAAAUCACGAUUCAAGAAGAAAAUGUUGAAAACAAAAUUCUUGGGGAAAAAAGCUGAUCGUUCUCAAGACAAUCCUACAAGCAAUUCGGCUAUUGGUUCGGAUGAUUCGCAUAAACCCGAAUCAAUCCAAACUGAUUCUUUUACUGCGUUGGGUUCAGAAACAUUAGGUACCGAGGCGACGAAUAAUCUCAAAGAUGCAAAGAUAACAAGUGACUCGAGUGAGCGAGAGAUGCCUUCUGCAGAUGUGGCAUUGGCUCCCGAGGUUGCUGAUAAUUCUAAAAAUGAGCAGUUAAUGGCUGCAAAUCCUCUUCAUAGCAACCAUGAGGUUCCAGAUGUUGAAAAUUCCUCCAUGGUCUGUGACGAUCAAACUGAUUCAGUUAAAUUGACUAACGGGGACGAUGUUGCUUCAAAGAUUACUGAUCCGACUUCAAGUCAAAUGGAGGCUUCAAAAAUCAUGCCUGGUUUAAACCAAGUAGUAGAAAAAGUCCAUGCAAAUGCAGGCCAAGCACAGGUCCUGGAGAAAAUAGACAUUGGUUCCGUCCCUGGGAUUCAGUUUCGCAAUUAGGGACAACAAGGAAUGGAAGGAGGACUCUUAGAUUAGUAAGUAUGCCAUCUUUUGUUGCUUCUGUGUUAUUAUUUAUUUUUAUGAUGGUGUUGAAAAUUUGGAAAAUUCUAGCAGGGUCUAUACAUAUAUAAAUAUAAAUGAUUCUAUAUAUAUGAAUGAUGUUAUUGUGGGUUCAAAUGUGGGGCAUUUGAACAAUUUUGAAGAAUGCAGAGCAGCUUGAAUUUUGUUGUACCCAAAUGUAGAGUUGCAAAUGACCAAUGAAACACAUUUAAUGGUGUUGACUACUAGUAUUUGUGGAUA